AUGCAUCACUCCCAACUCCUCCACACUCCAGCCGACUCGGCGAACAAUCAGCCUGAGCCAGACGCGCCGCCGAAGCAAGUGGCUCAAGCCAUGGAACGACUCAACCAAGCUUCCCGAGCCAUCGCAGAUAUUCGUCUCGGCGCUGACCGUAUAUUCGAAGCAAUGUUCCUAACUUCUCAUCCUCGCAACAGCACCGAUAUGUCUCUCCAGCUCUUGCUCAAAAAAGACGCCUCCAUGCGUCAACACCUUCAAGAUCUCAGUUCAAUUGGAAAGAAGUUGGAAGAGUCAGGGGUUCUCACUGAGUCUCUGAGGUUAAGAAGUAACACGUGGGAUCUUCACAUGCCGCUUGUUUGUCCAGAUGGUGCAGUUGUUGCUUAUGCUUGGAAGAGACAGCUUGCUGGCCAAGCUGGUGCUUCUGCUGUUGAUAGAACUAGGUUAGCUCUCAAGGCCUUUACGGAUCAAAAGAAGCGUUUUUUUCCUCACAUUGACGAUGGAGUAAAGAUGGAACCAAGAUUAAAAAAACAUCGUGCAUCCCAUUCACUAUUAGAACAUGGAGGAGGGGAGAUGUUUGAUUACAAAACAUUGCCAGAUAUACAAUCGCGUUUGGAGAAGCUGGUCACGAAUGUGAAGGUGUCUACUUAUGGACGGUUGAGCUGGCUCAAAAGAGCUGAUUCUUUAACUGGGUCAGGCAGUGAUGAUGAUCCUUCAGAAGCAUCGAAACUUGUAUUUCAGAGUUCUAGUAAGAUGAGAUCAGGGUUAGAUGAUGAGGUUUCUGAUAAGGUUGCUGUAAUUGAAUUGUAUGUUCCGUCUGUAUUCAGAGCUGUGGUCUCGUUGAAUCCAGCUGGUUCUGUCGAUCCAGAUUCUGUUGCAUUCUUCUCUCCAGAUGAGGGAGGCAGCUACUUACAUGCGAGAGGCUUCUCGGCUCAUCAUGUUUACAAACACAUCACGGAACAUGCUUCUACAGCCUUGCAAUACUUCCUCGGAUUUGGUACCGGAUCAGCUCUGUACUCUCUUCUGCUAUGGGUAUGCAGUUUUGAAUCCCUAUUUAGCAAACCGUGUAGUAAAUGUGGAAGGCUAUUAGCGAUGGAUAAGAAGUCUGCUCUAAUCCUACCUCCUCUACAUCGCACUUACCAAGAUUUGCCUCUUGAUGCCAACCUCGAUGUUUGUGAAGCUUACCACUGUGGUUGCUCUCCAGAUGAUUCCUAA